CAUUACCUUAUUCUUAUAAAUUUAAUAUUUAUGAUGAUAAAUCAUUCGUACCUUUGAUUUCUUCCAAAAAUGCUAAAGUGGUUCCUGACCAAUAUAUUGUAAUUUUUAAAAAAAAUCUCAACCAAGAUGAAAUUAAUUCUCAUUAUAACCAAAUACGUCAAUUAAUUGUUCAAAACGAUGAUGGAAUUAUCAAUAUAAAUGAAAUUCGUCAUACCUAUGAUUUUAAUGAAUUUAAAGGUUAUUCCGGAAGGUUUUCCGCAAAGUUAUUGAAUAAUAUUAGACAAAGUAGUGAAAAAGAUCAAAUAGUUCAAUUAAAUUAUAAAAAGAAUAGGAGAAAAAGAUAUAAAAUUCAAUAUGAUCCUCCGUGGGGUUUAGCCAGAAUUUCUGCUAGGGUUGAUGACUGGCCAUCUGACUCUGGACGGUAUUGGUAUCAUGAAAGUGGUGGUAAAGGUGUAACGGUAUAUAUCAUAGAUACUGGUAUAAACAUACAUCAUGAUGAUUUCGAAGGAAGGGCUAUUUGGGGUAUUGAUUAUUCUAAUGAUAAUUAUGAUAAUAAUGAUGGUAAUGGCCACGUUGCGGGUAAAACUUAUGGAGUCGCCAAGAAAGCGACAACGGUUGCUGUUAAGGUUUUGAACUCUUAUGGUUAUGGCUAUAUUUCAGACAUCCUCAAAGGUAUUGAAUGGUCAGUCAUUCAACAUAAAUCGAAACAAAUGAACAAUGAUCAUAAGGGAUCUGUCAUUAAUAUGAGUUUAGGUGGUGAUAAAAGUAUCGCCACAAAUGAUGCUGUCGAUGCGGCUGUACGAGAAGGGAUCGUUGUUGCCGUGGCUGCUGGAAAUGAUAAUGAUGAUGCUUGUAAUGAAUCACCUGCGUCUGCUAAAUCAGCUAUUACUGUAGGCGCUUCUGAUAUUAAUGAUAACUGUGCAUGGUUUUCUAAUCAUGGCAAAUGUGUAGAUAUUUUUGCUCCGGGUGUGGAUAUUUUAUCAUCUUGGAUAGGUUCUGAAAAUAAUAUGGUUGCAACUUUAUCAGGAACUUCAAUGUCUUCUCCUCAUAUAAGUGGUUUAUGUGCUUUAUUUAUUUCAAUGGGUAUUGCAAAAUAUCCAAAAGAUGUUAAAAAUAAAAUUAUUGAACAUUCUACACGAGAUGCAUUAAAAGGAAUACCAAAUAUUUAUACUCCAAACAAGUUGGCUUAUAAUUCUUGGUGGUGGAAGGACAUUUUUGACUCAGAGUUGUCAAAAUUUGACGAAUAA